ACAGCAAAGAAGAAAGUAUUUCUACUCCCUGAUGGCUCUGGGUCUGGCAUGGCAUACAUGUCCGUUCCACCAAUUGAUCCAAGUGUUUGUCUAUAUGGAAUAAACAGUCCAUAUCUCUAUUCCCCUGAGUUUUUCAACGGUACAAUAGACGAUUUAGCUCGAAUAUGGACAGCAGAGAUACAAAGAAUUCAGCCAAAGGGCCCGUACACCCUCGGUGGCUGGUCAGCUGGGGGGUAUUUUUCGUUUGAAGUCUCCAAGCUCCUCAUAGGCAAGGGGGAGCAUGUUGAGAAGAUCAUACUAAUUGAUUCCCCUUGUCGACUAUUUUUCGAGGCCUUGCCCACCAAGGUAGUGGAGUGCCUUUCGAGUCACAACCUGAUGGGAAAUUGGAGUGGCGGAGGCACGCCAAAAUGGCUGGUCAAAAGCUUUGUGUCAACUAUUGGCGCUGUGGAAAAGUAUAUGCCAACUCCAAUGGUAAUCCCAAAGGGUGCGGCAGCUCCAGAAGUCUUCAUAAUCUGGGCAUCAGAUGGGGUCUUCCCGAAAGGUGUAGAAGCAUACCCAGAGCUGGAUAUGAACGUGAGAGUCACACGGUUUUUAGUCAACCAGAGAACCGAGUUCGGUCCACUUGGCUGGGACAAACUGUUUCCUGGGCAGAAUAUUUCCAUUGCGAAAAUGCCAGGCAGCCAUUUCAUGAUAGUUCAUCCGCCAAAUGUGAGCGUG